AAGAAGAAGAAGAAGAAGAAGAAGAAGUGCCCGUUAUCUGCGGAAAGAGUGCGAACGAAAUCCGUUUAACGAACCCGCUAUCUGUGCGCGCGUGCAGUCUCGCCUCGAGCCGUCCGGUGUAUCGCGUCUCACCCUCCGAACAUGGCCCAGGACAUGACUCUGCUGUGGGGCUCCGGCUCGGCUCCCUGCUGGAGGGUCAUGAUCGCGCUGGAGGAGAAGAAGCUGCAGGGCUACAACCAAAAGCUGCUCUCCUUCGACAAGAUGGAGCACAAGUCGCAAGAAGUGUUGGACAUAAAUGCCAGGGGACAGCUUCCCUCCUUCAAACACGGAGACGUCAUCGUGAAUGAGUCCUACGCGGCCUGUUUCUACCUGGAGAGUCAGUUCAAGUCUCAGGGGAAUCAGCUGAUCCCGGACAGCCCUGCUGAACAAGCCCUGAUGUACCAACGGCUGUUUGAGGGCGUCACGUUCUACGAAAAACUCACUGCAGUUAUCUACUAUGACUGGUUUGUCCCUGAAGAAGAGCGGCAUGACUCCGCUGUAAAGAGGAACAAAGAAGCUCUGGCCACUGAGCUUAAGCUCUGGGAGGGUUACCUGCAGAAGGUGGGCCCCCACAUGGCCGGACCGUCCUUCUCUCUGGCUGACGCCGCCAUCUUUCCGACUGUCGGUACCCUUUUCCGAUACGGGUUGUCCGCAGAGAAAUACCCCAAACUGGCAAAGUACCACGCUCUGCUGAAGGAGCGGCCCAGCGUGAAAGCCAGCUGGCCUCCUCACUGGCUGGAGAACCCCAACGGCGACGGCGGACUCCAAGACGUCUGAGAGCCGCCACGCGCGUCUUCACAGCAGUUUGAUGAAAAUACUGCAGUUGCAGCUCAGUUUGUUCAAAUAGGAUACAGCUCUUUUAAGUAAUUUCUGUUAAUGGAUAAGGAAGCGUUGUAAUUCCCAGUGAGUUCUGAGUGUUCGUGCUCCGACCUAAUUGUGCUUCUAGCUUUUGUUUUUAGGUUGAGUUUUUGCAGUAUUUGUUUUCGGUGAAAGCGCUGCCAAUGAAUCCGUUAAUGAAUACAGGUUUUUGUUAAACUUCAGAAUUGUGCUGUUGGCAUGGGAGCUUUACACUGGAUACAAGAUCUACUGCCCGUAUAUUUAACAUCAGUGUCUGUCGACUGAUAUAAACAAAAGCUACUAACCGUUUUAA